AUGUGGACCCAAGGAGCUAUCUUUGCGCUUAUGCUCUUGAUCACGACGAGUGUGACGUCGCUUGUAGCCAUCUACCUCGUCGCUGCGUCACCGCCGCCGCUUCGGCCAAGCGUGCCGUACGCAUCGCGCGCCACGUAUGUGGCCCAUGUUGCCUUUCGCGCCAGCGUAUUGCUAUUGUACGUGGUCAUCUUGGUCGUCGAGGCGCUGGGCCUUGGCGUCACGAUGCUCUCGUACUACACGGUCUGGACCUUUGCUCUACAGGGUGUCUACCUUGUUUGGGCGAUUGUGCACCAGCUUCAACGACAGCGUCCGAGCUCGCGCCAAAGCAUGUACCUCCACUCGCUCUUUGAUAAUUGCUUGGCCAUGUCGGUUCUCGUCCUUGUCGUCUACUGGAGCCUUCUCUACAUUCCCAAGAUGCUCUGGUACAGCUACAUUCAGCACGGCGGCAACACUGUUCUCUUCGGUAUUGAGCUUGCGUCGACGCGCCGCGAGCUUCAAACGCACUCGAUUGCAUUUGUGCUUGUCUUUCCUACGCUCUACGCGUGCUUUGCGUGGAUCAGCGUCGACUCGUGGCUGUAUCGCAAGUGGCCAUACACGUUUAUGGACUUGGACGCACCGAGCGCACCGCUGUGGUACGCUGGCAUCAUGGGCGGCCACGUCGUCAUCUUUGGCCCCGUCUGGGGUCUCUCGCGUCUCAAGCGGCUUGCGCCUACUGCCCCACACAGUCGUAUCAAGACUAGCAAUGAGGUCUAA